CGGGACACCCUGUAUAUAUUUAUUGGAAGACGAGUGGCUGUCUGUCUGUACAAAACGUAGUAGGAAAAGGUAAAUAUAUAAAAGGUAUACUAAAAGAUAUAAAAUUGAAACAACGAAACAAAUAUUUUGUUGGCGGAAUUAAAUUUGGAAAUAGACUUAUUGUUAGAUGUAUGAAAAAGGUAUCCGUUAUCAAUUAUAAAUAUAAAUAUAAAUAUUUUUCCACGACAAAUAUAUCUGAAAAUUUUUUGACGUAUAUGUUACUAUUAUAUCAUCGGUCGAGAUAUAUUGAGAACGCGAUGCGAUACAUCGUUACUAAAAUAUGAAGCUAUUCUAACAAAUCUGGUACACAUAAAUGUAAUUCAUCUUUCUCCUGAUUUUUUCGUGAAAUUAUAACUAUAACAGCAAGACUAAGAUUGCGCAGAAAGAAUCAUCAGAGUAAUUUCCACGUAUUUCUUUUCCUUGUUUAAUUAAUGAAAUUUCUGAUAAUGGAAUUACAUCACGUGGCAAAAGAAUUUUUAACAAAAGUAAUUAAUUUAAGGAUUGAUCACCAGUUUGAUGAAAUAAUUUCGAGAUACUUGUGGGAUCUGCAAAUUGGUAUUACAUGAUCUAUUGCUUCAGGCAUUAUAGAUCAUCUAGGAUACUAAUCCGUCUAUACCAGCGGCCAGUGGUAAUAACUAGAGCCAUAUAUAUGCCCAACGAAAUUCAAUAGCUCUUAGCAAGCGUGACGCCGAUUAAAGAAUGGGAGGUGCUUCAUCGUGGGCCCUGUUAGUUGAAAUUAACCUUACAAGUGUGGGAGAGCGUGUCUCAAAGCGACCGAGCUUCGCAUUUCAACAUAUUACGCGGCAGGACGAUUUUACAAAAGCGAAAUCCGAGGCACGACCUGAAUUCUCCGGCGAAUAGCAUUGAACGUCUCUACAGAGUCCUCGCGAUAUAGCAAGCCCGAGGAAACCGUACAUCGCCAGUUAUCUGUUCUCCUAAUUUUGAUCCUCGUAUUUUUCCCAUAUUGCCACACGCACACAUGCAACAUAUCGUCGAGUAUAGCGAACAUAUUCUUUCAUUUUACAAGACGUCAAGGAAAAUUGAAAAUCUCCCGAGUGACUACUGCCCGAGCGGAUAUCGUUCCAAGGAUAAACGCGCGGCUCGUACGUUCUUCCCUCGCUAAUUAUUGCAUUAAUCAUCCGCCGCCGGGGAACGGCGACACGUACGUACUCACCUAAUUGUCGGCACGCUUGUCAAACGCGCGCCGCCCAUUAAGUCGCGGCGAUCACCCGGUACGUGGCGAAACGCCGCGGCACUUACGCUUACGAGCGCAGCACGCCGCGUCUCAUCCAUCAUGCAACAAUGGGGCUCAGCUCUCGAGUUUCGCGCGAAUUACGAGCGCAACUGCGCGGCGGGAGGAUAUCCUCGGACGCGUGUCUCGGCGGCCAAGUCGUUCCGACUUGCAGGAGAGGCCGAUCGGUUCCUCUCACCGUGAUUCCUUUCACGGGAUCUCUCUCCGGCGGUUGAACGCCUCGAUCCGAGGUAUCGUAUCGAGUCCUUCGAUUUUACGAUGCACACCGCGUCGUUUGAUGCGUCACGCGCGCGCAUACUGAUAGUAUCUUGAUAAGGAAAGAGUUGCUCGUCUCUUGCUCAGUACGCUCGCCGAGUUCCGUUCCUUCUGCCAUCGAUCUUCUGAUAUCGCGCGCGGAACGGCGAAGCAAUCGUGAGCAGAUAAACGAUAAGCAGAGGAAAUGAUUGGAGAAUUUAUUGAAAUUUUUAUAUACUUAAUGUCUAGUAUUUUUGCUAUUUUUUUCUUGUUCGUUUUAGCGAAGCAUUCGGCAUGAAAACAUUGCGGCAAACGUCAAUAUUCCAUGGAACUUUUAUUAAUGAAUAGUUUGUUACGUGAUCAGGCAAGAAGCUUUGAUGUUAUUUCAGAAAAACGGUUGACGUGAACUUCCGUAUUGACGUCGAGCACGCGUCAUCGAUUUGCCGUGAAAUUACAUCGCGAAUUGAUCAUAUAGAUUGCAAGAGAUCUCCGUCAUCUUUAUACGUCAAGUACAAGCGAGGUUUCACUUCGCAGUAACCUAUUUUCACAAGGAGAUAAACCGGUGCUUCGCUAAAAUCCGCAGAGCCUCGCAAAUUCGUUCCCUUGCCAUUCCGGAAAUAAUAUUGUUCCAGCUUUUUUCUUUUCUUAUUAUCUCUCUCUUUUUCUCUUUCUUUACGUUUGUCGCGACAUUCACGCUCAACCUGCUUCCCAAAGAUAAUUUUUUCGUUUCAACGCGAAAACUUCGCGGCGCAAUAGUUCAUCAGUCAUGUUAACUACGCCUUUGAGGAUCAUUUUUACAAUCGUUAUCGUAACGAACGGAUGAAUAAUACAUCAGAAUUGACAGAAGCGCUGAGGAUUAAUUGAACCACUAUUGCGCAACGUGUUUAAACUCAUGAAUAAAGAUUACGAGAAAGACGUUUCGUUUCGUCGCGAGACCAAUCGUCGCAGACUACAAUUUCUACACAAGUGAAUAAUUGAUUGAAAAAAAUGAAAAAGGAAAUGCAACUUGAUUUUUCGAGAAGACCGAGUGACACGUCGACACCGCUAAUAAAUUGCGCGAGUUGUCAGGGACGACCGUUGGACCGGCGACGGGCAUUGUGAGCGGGCGACCGUGGGUGCUUCAACGUCCGUAGGAAAUCGGCCUCUGCUUGCCGUACAGCACGAACAAUGGGCAAUAAAGGCGAUAAGAGUUAAUUUCAUCGACUGGCGUGCGCUCUCACACGAGAGCGGCCACUUGGGCCGCGUGUGCAGUCAGUUACGCGCGCGAGGCCAUCCGGAGGGAAGAAAAAGCGCGCGAUGCACGCUUGCGGCAUGCGCCACUACUCGCUUUUGCAUUAGUCGCGCGUACAAUCGCGCGGAAACGCGUUCUGCCACCUUCCGAUCGCGGCUCUGCUCGGCGAUCACGCGUGUGCAUGCGGAACGAGAACCGAUUCGCGAGACGAACGGCGUGAACCGCGAUCGUGGCGCGUUCAAAAUCGCCGAGGCCUCCGUCAUGAUUCUCGUGUAAUUAAUAUGAUCAUUUUUAUUGAUACGAUAUCGAUGCAUUAAGGCGAAGGUUGUCUUCUGUCGCGAAUGACACGUAACAGUGCGUCGAAUGAAUAUCGUGUACAACAGCAACGACGCGCUUAUCCGAUUUUAGUUGCUAUUAAAAUGUCGUUCUUACGGAUUCGUGCGCUAUAAACCGAAAUAAGGCUAAUCUUUGUUUGAUAGUUUCAACGCUGUGGCCUCAUUGAUAAAGUGUUAGCUCGUUCUCGCUGCGAGCAUACGUAUCGCAGACUAUACGUUCGUUUUCUCGUGGUAUCUAGCUUGAUGAAAUAAGCCGCUCCAGGCUCGGAUUCCGCGUCCAUAUGGUUUGUAAUGAAUUUAUGAGAAAUCGUUUAUUGGAUGAUCGACAUGGAGCAAUGUAGUUAGUCUGCUGAUGUGAAAGCCGGCUUAGCCUUGCCAGCUGUGAGGUGUUAAUGUGACGAAAUCAAUAUGGUGUUCAUCCGCCCUAUUUCUUCAGGGCAAUCCCUUAUAACCGUGGCGUUUGUUUACGAGUUUUCUUUCUACGCGUAACGUGAUUCUAGGUAACUCUAUGUAUUCUGAGUAAAAAGAGGUAUAAUGUAAUCACUAUAAUGUAUAAUUGCCAAUAUACGUGGAUAUAAAUAAGGUGCAGUCACAAUUCGUAUAUUUAAUCUCAUGCAAAGUGAGGGAGAAUAUCAUAAAUAUAAUAUUAUAAUUAAUCGACUGUCAUUAAUAUUUAUGAAUCGUUUCGCGGUCAUGUUCGGCCGAUACCUGAAUAAAUAAAAGGGGCUUUAUCACAUUCGCGAGUAUACUUUUGACUAUAUUCACUCAAAUGAGCGAAAAUAUAUUCAUUAUGACAUAACCGUAGAUUCACGCGAUGUAUUUCGUAAUUCACGUGAUGCGCUCAUUACGUCGAAUAAUGGAUGGCCUUCACAUCUCGCGGAGUUACAUUUCAGAUUUAAAUUGUUGUCAACAAUGUUAUAUUACUUUCAUCUGUCUUUCCAGUUAUCGCGUACGAUUCGAGCAGGAUCGCUAUAAAAUUUAUAAAACGUCAAGGCGUUAACUUGUCUCUGUCUCCGACUUGUUUGUGACCCGAAAAGUAUUAAAAAUAAUGCACUCAAAUGCCUUGACACGUACUUUAGAAGGAUUUGAUGUAUUUAUCAUUUAGGAUGGCACGUGACAUUUAUAAUUCAAAAUUUGCGCAAUAUUCCUUGUUUAUGGAAUUUAUUAAAUUAUCCACCUUGUUCUUGAUGACGUUCUUCAACCAAUUUGGAUCUUCUAUAAUUCUGCAGAAUCAACAUAUAUAGCGUCUAUCAGCGCUUAUUUAACAACUUGUACUGAUAAUUACUCACACGCGGAUUCACUACUCAGUUAUCGAGUUACCAAUCUCAUUAAUUUUCCCCUCGUCUCUCUGUUCUUCAUUUGCGGCGCGAUUCGAACAUUAACCAAGCUCGCGAGGAAUCUCUGCGGUCACCAAACUGGCGAUUCAUUCGCUCGCAGCGACGUGGUAAAAAAAAACAUGAGAAGAAAAAGAGAGAAAGGAAAAAGAGCGUGCAGAAGGUAGGGAGAGAAGGGUAGCAUACUUCAGCAACGCGUUGCGGCGACCGACACAUUUUCCAUGCCGAUGCACUUACCCCGCACCCUCUCCGCUCGCGCACGCUGCACCCUACAACGCAACGCAACACAACAACCGACGACGAGCUACCCUUCCGUGCGCUCCUCCCACCCCGCAUCCUGCCACACAUCAUCUACCUUCCUUUCGUCCGUUACCCCACCUGUCUACCCUUCGCUCAUCUACGAGUGACGACGCCUGCCUCUGGAAAUAGUCGCUACGAAGCGAUUCGCCGUGCAUCUCGUGUCGACGCGAUCGUUAAGCCGCUCUCUUCUCUCGUCCGCCGUCGUUCGGCCGCGUCGCGCAGGAUACAAGGACGGCGAGGGGGUGAAUUUCGUGGGACCCGACAAUGAUUUUCCGCGAGAGCGGUGCGCGCGAGCGGCCGGGAAUUUUUUGAGGAAUUUUCGCGGCGGCGAUGAAACUCGACGCAGCGAACUCGUUAAAGCGUGACCCUUUGAGACCGGCCUGAUGCUUUCGUUAUGAAAUUACGCGCGGUAUCGGGUUGUGCAGCGAUAAUGGGAGUGCUUACCGCCUCCGCGGCAAUCUCCGUACAAUCCGUCGUGCCUUGCAUACGCACCGCGAAACUCUACCUUCGCGGCUUCGGGUUUCCAUUCAUCCCGGCCGCCGUUAAUCGGCUUUCCGCGAGGAGGGUGCACUCGCGCAUCCGGCGGAGAAUCCGAUGCCUUGCGUAAAAUGGAAACUUCCGUGUUUCGUCGUGGACGCGGCACGACGCGGAUGUCAACGUGCCAACGGCGAGCGAAAAAAGCUGUGAAACUAUGCUCCCCGUUUUCUAUCCACUUAUUUUAUCGCGCUGCCGCUCUCGACGGUAUUACGAGCAAUAAUAAAGUCUAACAAAUAUUUUACGUCGCACCAUCGAAAAUAAUUAAUCGCGACGGUGACGGAGUGCGCGUGUGAAAAUUGCGUUUGAAAUUACGCAGUUUUAAUCACGACUCGUGUUUCGUCGCUCGCGCCAAUGCCACGAAUAUUCAUUCACCGACGUUGUGAAUAAACACGUUUGGUUCGGCGAGGAAAGGUAAUUGUCGCUUUCGUGAUUGUAUUCGUUCGUCAAAGACAGAGCAAGGGGCACUUUGCGUGAGUAUCCGCCGAAUAUCGAAUGACGGGCGAAAAGUCGGUCGGUGCAUUCGUUACAGACUAAAUGACAGUCGUCACGAGAGUGAUCGCGGUUCAGUGCGGCCGGGAAGUGAAAAAUGACUCUCCGCAUACCUCACGUUAUAAACCGGCACAUACGUGGAUAAGCCAGUGAGCGAUGCGCGUUACGCGCCGGUGAUUGAAUUUCGUGGUACCGCACGAACUCGACAUGUAUUAUAUGACGGUCGAGUGGCACUUAUUCAUAUAUUAUUCGUGGCGAUAGGUAUCGAUACGCCAAUAAUCGGCUCGUACAUGAGCGCCCUCGCUCGACCGCUUUGGACGCGUGUAGAACAUGCGCUCGUUAGCCGCUGGAAUGGAUAAACGGAGGAAGGGAGACACGUCAAGAAGCUGAGUGCAUCCUGUAACUCGUCAUCUUGCGACGGAACUCCGCGGGGUUUUCGCGUGCCACCCUCGCAUCAAUUCGACGCUUCGUCCUCGCUGAAGAAGAGACCUCUCGAAAAAGCCGGAGCGCACGUUGCGUCGUGUCGAGCGGCGGACCAAACUUUCACCCGGUCGCUUGUCCCGGUACCACGGGUGUACCGGCGGGCCCUCACCGCGACGCGAAUAGCGGACACCGGAGACGCGGCGAGAAGGGAGAGGAGAUUCGAGGCAGGAGAGAAACGCGAGAAAAGGAAGCACGCACGUACGCGCGCACGUACGAACGAAACGAAACGAAACGUGAGCACUCUCGAGUUCGGGGAGAGAGGUUUAGUGACCUCGGACGCGUCGUCAUCGUCGUCCUAAAGAGAGGCAGAAGGAAUAGGACGACGGGCACGACGAGGACGACGACGAGCACCAGCGCGAGCGCGACGACGCCGAGCGCGACGAGACGACGAGGAGUGGCCGAGAAGAAGAAGAGCAAAUUGGUGCUCCCGGUAGCAGGGGCCCAUGAGCAUCGUGGAGGAAACGUUCCGCGGCGUGUCGCGACGCAGCCGAGACGGAUCACGUGGCACCGCGAGCGCAGGCGAUUGGUCCGCGGCGGGUACGCGGGGCCCGGCCCAGCCGGCCCCCACGGCCGCGUCGGCCACCUCGUCCGCCGCCUUCUCCAGGCCCCGGGACACCGUGGGCCCGACCAGGCGCCAGUCUUCACGCGACAGCGUCGACUCCGCCGGCCAGCUCACCCCACCCGACCACGCUGACCUCCUCUUCAAGGUGAUGCUACUUGGAGAUAGCGGCGUUGGGAAAACCUGUCUUCUGACGCGUUUCCGCGAUGGUCGCUUCCUGUCGGGAAACUACAUAACGACCGUUGGCAUUGACUUUAGGAACAAGGUUGUCACCGUCGACGAAACGCCGAUCAAGCUGCAGAUAUGGGACACAGCUGGCCAGGAGAGAUUUCGAAGCGUGACGCACGCUUAUUACAGAGACGCUCACGCGCUUUUGCUGCUAUACGACGUGACAAAUAAGGCGAGUUACGAUAACAUCAGGGCUUGGCUGAGCGAAAUCCGGGAACACGCGAACGAGGAUGUCGUCAUCAUGUUGCUGGGUAACAAGUGCGACUGUGGGACGGAGCGUAUCGUUAAGCGGGAAGACGGCGAACGAUUAGCGCGGGAGUACAAAGUGCCGUUCAUGGAAACGUCUGCCAAGACUGGCCUCAAUGUCGAACUGGCAUUUCUCGCCGUUGCUCGGGAGCUGAAGGCCAGAAAAAGCGACGACCCUGACGAGACGAAAUUCAAUGUUCAGGACUACGUGCGCCAGCAGUCCCAGCGCAACUCUUGCUUCAACUCCAGCUGUCUAACAACUUGAACUGCUUCUGUUUUUACGUUGAACAUAUACGCGAAUUCGAAGUGCGCUGCCGCGUGAGAUACAGCGCGAAAUUUCCAUUUCGCGAGCCAAGGGAGGUUCAAUUUGAUUUUGCAAGAAUGUCGGCACGACACUCAUGUGAGACGCAUAAAUUUUAUACUCCAUUCGUAGUAAUCACUUAAACUAUCAAAGCAAAGAUAGCAACUUUAAGCAGAUCGUUCGAAGCCCGACAAAUCGCUCGGGGCAGAUAGCGUUAACACUUUCGAAAAGCACGAUGCAUCAUCUUCAACGAAAACGAGCAUUAGGGCGGCACAUAGUGUGUUUCAAAGAUCGAUAUAGGAAACCGAUCGUCAUCUUAGAAGAUCAGAGAAGAUCUGAAUUUUUACGUAGCAUCACGGAGCACGGACUUCUCAUAGAACGUGUGUCAACAAUCACUCGCGCACAUUGUACAUUAAUGCGCGCGCGUGUAUGUGUGUGUUGUGUAUGUGUGCGUGAAUAGUUUCAAGGGGAUAGCGAUUCUUUCAGGAUACCUUCAACAGGUACGCCUUUAGCUUGAUGGUUCUAAUAUCGCGUAUACGCGCACAUCAUUAAGGGGGGAGCCUGCUUUAGAACGCUGAAAAUAAGGUAUAUUUUACGAAUUGUUUUUGGAGAAACUAUACAGCG